AAACUGGGAGGGAGAUGGACUAAAUCUACUCUAUGGCUGGCUAUACGCCUAAAAUUCCAUCACCUCAAUUACGAGAAGGUGCAUUGUGCAUUGGGCCAUGAGGGUGUCGCGCGGCAAAGUCUACGAAUCCCAAUUCCCAACGGAUUAAAAUGCUGAUCUUGUCUUUUGCUGUCGUUAAUCAGUUCUGCAAUCGACCCCAAAUCUUCCCAAAACCCAGAAUGUCUCCAUCCUACCAAAUUAAAAUAGGAAAAGGUUAAAAUCACUGUUACGCUCUCUUUUCCACGAUGACUCCCAGCACCCUCUGCACCCAAUCCGCAAAUCUCUGUUUUCUGCAAGUAAUUUAAGAAAAACGUUUCUGGGUUCUUCAAUUUGCGUGUCAAUCUGAAAUGGGUCGGAAGCAAAACGAGUCGGAACUCCGCCUUUGGGCUUUUGUCGUCCUCCUCAUGAUGGGUACGGUCUCCUGUUUCAUGGUCUACAUUUGCUUCUCCAGGGCUUUCAGACCCGAGAUCAAUUAUUCGGGUCCGGAGUCCGGUGGGAAUGGCGGGGGGAGCGAGGAGGAUGCAGAGAGGGAAGAGGAAGAAGGAGGAGAGUGUUGUAGAGGGAUUGAACAUUUGGAGCUUUGGGGUGAUGCUGUGAAGUGGGGUCCGGACUUCAAGGUUAAUUCUUCGGAGGAUUGUUGUAGGGCGUGCAAAGCUAUGUGCAGGGGAGAGGGUGGGCGGUGUUUGUGUGAUUCUUGGGUGUUUUGUGGGAAUAGGGAGUCGUGUGGUGACAAAUUCGGCGAGUGUUGGUUGAAGAAGCAGAAGGAUACUUUGCACCCUGAGCUGCAUGAAUCAGGAAAUCAUGUUAUGUGGACUUCUGGGCAUAUAUUUGGAAAAGGAGAGGGUAUUGUUGGCUUAGAAACAGAAUAUGGGGUUCUGCAUAUAAAACUUUUCCCAGACUGUGCUCCUCAUUCUGUCUCGUAUAUUCUUGAGUUGCUGCAAUUGCAUCAUUGUGCAGGCUGUCAGUUUUAUCGUGCUGAAAGCCGUGGGAGUUCCUGGGAUACAGAAGGACGCCACAUAGAAAACGCUGCAUUUGGCCCGCCUUUUGCACUGAUUCAAGGAACCCUGGAACCCUAUGGAACCACAUUUAUGAGCAUCCCCAGAGAAGCCUGCCCAACUGUGAGAAGGGGUUCAGUGGCAUGGGUUGGUAAUGGUCCUGAUUUUUUCAUUAGCUUGGCUAACCACCAUGAAUGGAAAAAUGUGCACACUGUGUUUGGUUCUGUUCUUCCUGAAGAUAUGGAAAUCGCUGAGAAAAUUGCCCAGCUUCCCACUGAACAGGACAUCUGGAGUGAUGUUACGGUGAGAGUCUUGAAGAAUCCUGUAGGCCUGCGAAGAAUAAAGUCAAUAGAAACCUGAACAUCAAGGCAAAAAUGGAUGCAGAUGCAGGUGUCCUUUAAUUGAAGAAAAUGUCACAAAAUUAUGUCAUUACAUAAAACUUCACUAUACAGUUAGUUUUUCACACCUCAAUAUAUAUCAUGCAAUUUUUGGUAAUCCGAAAUCUAAAGUUACUUUGAUUUGGCUUUCGUUUUGGUGGAUCAAAGAAGGUUUCUUCUUCUUCUUUUUACAUGAGUUUGGAACUGUAAAUUACUGAUGCAGCAAACUUUUCCUCUGGGAAAGACCUAAUGCUUUGAAAGAAAUGAUAAACAGCUUGGAAUGAAA